AUGACUGAUCAAUGCGACGUAAGCAACAGUUUGCAACAACAACAACCUCAACCUCAAUACAUUCAACCUCAACCUAAACCAAGUGCUGCACCAUCGUACGCUGUACCUCAAAGAAAGAACUUCUACUUUAUCAACAAUGCCUCACCUGCUCCAGUUUCGGAAGAACCAAAAGAAGAUUACUACCAGCCUAAGUCUCAGCCUCAACAGCAAUAUUACCAACCUCAACAGCAGUAUUAUCAACCUCAACAACAACAAUAUCAAGAGCCAGAGCCCCAAUAUUACCAACAGAGGGCAUCACAACAGUAUUACCAACCAAGACAACCAGUUGUUGUAGAUAUGAAUCAGUUCCGUGGACAUCCAGCAUCAAAUUUCGAUUUGAAUACUGGAUCUUAUAGCGUCAACUAUUCUGGUUAA